AUAAAUACGAUUUCCCCCCUCUCAGUUAAUGUGCUUAUCAAUAACUGUUGUUCUUUGGGUUGGGUUAACAAUGUCAGCAUCAGCCAUGGGUGGCCCUGGGUCUGGAGAGAAAAAACAAGUGAAGAGACGUGCACAAGCGAGCUCGAGAAAAGGGUGCAUGAGAGGGAAAGGAGGUCCAGAGAAUGCUCUUUGCACUUACAAAGGUGUAAGACAAAGAACUUGGGGCAAAUGGGUGGCUGAAAUUCGUGAACCCAACCGUGGUUCUCGUCUUUGGCUAGGUACUUUCGACACCGCCCUUGAAGCUGCGAUGACUUACGAUGCUGCCGCACGUAAACUCUAUGGUUCGGAUGCCAAGCUCAACUUGCCACACUUGUGUGUCAACUCUCGGUUUCCACCUCCACCAAAUACUCAGGUCGCCCCGAGAGGGAACCAACCUCUAAAUCCGACUACCAGUUCAUCGAACAGCCCGAUUAUUAUCAGGGUCGAUGAAGUAACACCAGUGAGCAAUAGCGAAUCAGAUAUGUCUCAAGGGAACAUGGUGGAGAACAAUGCCAAAUUUGGACAAAACCAAGAAGAAAUUGGUGGGUUUUGGGAGAAUAUGACGAUGAACUUGCCUGUUUUAGAUGACUCCAUUUGGGCAGAAGCUGUUAUGUCAUUAGAUUUUCCAGUGAUGGAUGAUCCAAGCAUUUUCAAUACCAGUCUUGUCGAUACAACAGGAUGGGAUGCCUUGCAAACCCCGUGGUGCAUGUAAAUCUAAAUCAGCUCUCUGCUAGCUACUUCGGACAUGUGAAAGCCGUUCCAUAGUCUUUCUAUACAUUCAAUAGCUAAUAGCCAUGAAAACCACAUGGUUUUUCUGGGUUUUUCAUGGCAGUGUCUUUCUAUAUUUUCUACUUUUUUAUUUAUAAUUAUUUACAUUCCUGUAAGUAUCAGUUACAUUGUUGAAAAGUGUAUAACGUUUGUAUAAAAUCAAAAGUGAAUAAAUUUUGCAA